AUGCAGGCGACAGCUAUUGAGGCGAUCCCAGACCGCAGGGCGCUGCCCACGGAGGACCAGCGGCGGACGAAGAGCGCAGAAAACGGGGAAAUUGCAACGAACAGAAGGAACCUCAAAGUCGCGCCAGCAUUUGAGGAAGUGCUAGACUCCAUCGGGUCCAGAGGAAUAUUUCAGACGAGGCUCAACAUUGCUUUCAACUGCGUCGGCCCAUGUCUCAAUAUGUUGAGUAUAAAUGUUUUCUUGCUCGCAAUGCAGACGCCUGACCAUUGGUGCCAUGUUCCUGGCAGGGAACGUGCCAAUCUGUCGCUGGAAGAGUGGAAGAAUUUUACAAUUCCUAGGGCAGGCAAUUCGUUCAGCAAGUGCCUGAUGUACAACCAGAGCGAUGGUAUCAACUGGAACAGUUCAGAACCCGUUAAGUGUCAGCACGGCUGGGAUUACGACGACACGUGGUUCUCUCUGACUGUGCCCUCCCAGAUGAACUGGGUCUGCGAGAACCAGCAGUACACCAAUGACGUCUUGUUCUACGCACAAAACAUCGGAGUGGCUCUGAGCCUGCUAUUCGGGUACGGACGGCAGCUCGUGCAGUUCCUGUGCCUGGCUGCCCACGCUAUCAGCAGACUGCUGCUGGUCCUCACACCAGACAUCCUGGUGCUGUUCAUCCUGGCACAGUCCCUCGUAUCAGCAGCGGCCGGACCUAUGCAUGAAUCUGCCUUAUCUGUCGGUUUGGAACUGGCAGACAUCAGACAUCGCACGACUCUGAAUUAUUUCUCAAGCUGUUGCUUGGGGGCUGGAUUUAUAGCUGCUGGCUUCUUAGGUUGGGGUCUGCGCAACUGGAAUUACUCAAUGUAUUGUACUGCAGCGCUUUUCAUGGCACUGAUUUUACUUUUCAGGUGGUUCCCGGAGUCACCUCGGUGGCUGGCGUGCAGAGGUCGCGAGGAGGACGCCCUGAGGGUGCUGCGUCGCAUCGCCAACACCAACGGCGGGUGCCUGCCUCCGUUCGCUCCGCGGGUGAUGCGGACCGUGGCCAAGGCGCAGAGGGACAGGAAGGGCUUCCUCAGCCUCUUCUCCAGCUGGAACGUCUUCAAGAAUACGGUGCUCCUCACAACUGCCAGGUGUGCGCACGUACUGACGCAGUACUCGCUGGUAUUGCUGGCUGGAGGUGUGGGCGUGAAUCCCUUCCUGACGGUGGUGGCGCAGGGCGCGGUGCAGCUGCCCUCUGUCUGCGUCGUCCACGUGUGCGCCGCUCGAUUCGGCCGCCGCUGGACCGCUGUGGGCUGUGCCCUGCUGGCAGGGGUCACCUGCGCAGCCACCUUCUGCAUGCUGAGGGCUGGCAUCAUCGGAGUGCCUAUCACGGUGGCGGCUGUGAUAACGCAGUUCUUCUCGACGGGCACAAUCGCCAUGGCCAACCUGCAGUGUGUGGAGGUGCACCCCACAUGUCUGCGGCAGAUCGCGGCCUGCGUCGAGUGGACCGUAGCUGCCAUCGUCAUGUCUGCUCUACCGUACGUGGCCCUCAUCAGUGAUAGACGGACGCCCUACGCCAUUCUCGCAGCUGUAAACGUGGGGACAGCGGUUGCACUAUCAUUCCUUCCAGAAUCAGCAUUGCAGAGGUUACCAGAAUCAUUACAGGAUGCAGCCGUCUUCGGCAAAGACCAGAAGUACUGGAGCUGGAAGCCAAAGCCAGCCCCACAGUACGCCAUGGCGUAAAACCAGUUAGGGAGGUCGUUAAAUGAUUCUGUCGUUGACGUACUUUUUCUGAAGAAAAGUGCAUAUUUGUACCCUGCUUGUUAGCAUAGCUGUAGACUAUGCCAAUGGUCUACAUGAUCACUAAAUACGUCGCGAAAUAUUUCUUUAGACUGCACACAUGCUUCAUAAUUUCAUAUAAAAAGUACUACCGAGUAAAAUAAUUACAAGUUCUAGCAAGUAAAUGGUAUCAGUCAAGAACAGUAUCAGGCUACAAUAUUGCUAAAGUUUGCAAAAUUUAGAAUAGCUCAGAGUGUCACCUGUGUUCUGAAAUGCAGAACCACAUGUCUUAGCAAGUAAAUUUUAUUUAUCAUGAAUGGGAGGAACCAAAAUGAUACAAUGCAUCUAUUGAAACGAUUUCAUUCAAGAUUGUUGGUGAAUAUGUCAUACAAUAUACGAUUACGAAGGAAUGUCGUUCAUUAUUUGUCAUUCAUUUCCGUUCCAAUGUCUCUUCCCUCAAGUGCUUUGUUAAAAGUCCCUGCCAGACACAACACUUCAACUUUGAAGACAUGAUAUCGAUGCUCCAGGUUUUGUGUCUCUUUA